AUGGAAAUUAGCAAAUUCCAGUGUGUAAACCACGUCACGCAUACGAUUCAGGAUUCUGGAACGCAGUUCGGUACGAUUUCCGACUGCCUUUCAUGUCUCAGUGAAAUGCCAGAGGAAUGGAAGAAAGCGUUGGAAGAGAGUCAGAUUACGAAGGAGGAGCUUGAGGCGAACACGAGUACCAUCUUCCGCGCAUUGUACUACAAUUUCCACCCCAAACCCGAGUUAACGAAGAGUAUUAUUAAUGAAGUGCAAGAACUGCUGCAUGAUCCGUCCCUUAUUCGCGAAGAUGACCCUAAAAAGUACUAUCUCGGUCUCAGCGAAGUAAUCGGCGAAGGCGGUUUUAGUGUUGUGUACUUUUUGAAUUUCGGCUUUUCAACCAGAUACAAAGCGAUUAAGAAGUCUACCGAGGAAGUCUUCGCCGUGAAAGUGACCAGCGUGAGCAAUCUGGUCGACAUCCGCAAUGAGCUGGUUCUCCAAAAGAUCUGCAACUGCGAGCAUGUAAUGCGGGUCUACGACUGCUUCAACUGGGAAGGCAAUCUCUGGGUUUGCUUCCCAUCGCGUCAUCAUGAUUAG